AUGAACUCCGAUUCAGAUUCAUCUCUGAGAAACAACGGUGCCAACGAUCGUCGCCUCAGCAUCAUCGACUUUCUAUCCGCCGAUGAUUCGCUUCUCGAUCCUGUUUCUUCCAAUCACCAAAAUUCAGAAAACGAAGCUUGGUACACUCCGAAUUCGAAGAAGUUCGAAGACGCUGCUACCAAAAUUGAUCAGUGGGAGGAUGAACCUCAAGCUUCUGAGAAAAAGACCAUGAGAAACCCUAAAUGUAAUUUGCGCAAGAGUUUAGCUUGGGACAGUGCUUUUUUCACUAGUGCUGGGGUUCUGGAUCCGGAUGAGUUGUCUAGUAUAAUUGAGGGUGUUGAGAAGGAAACGUUACCGAGGGUCGAAGAGGAUGUAUACAAAUCAUGUGACUCCGUUUCGACAUUAGGGAGUGAUAGUUUGACUUUUGAAAGUGCUGAUUUGGAGGGUGAUUUGUUUGAUGAUGUAAGAGCUUCAAUUCAGAAAUCUAGCCAUAAGUCCAAACUUGCAAAUGCAGCUACUAGAGUAUCCUCUGCCUCUGGACUACCAGGGUUACAAACUCCAUCCAGAAAAGUUGCCGCGGUUACUCGCAACAAGAUGAAGGCCCCACCAACCCCUAGGAAUCCAACAACACCAGUUGUGAGAGGAAUUGGGAAGGCUACAAGCAAGAAUACUUUUACACAAAUUCCACAGCCUCUUGCUACAAGGAGGGAAUCAUCUAUUUCAAAAUUAUCGAAGUUACCAGUUAGGCCUAUUGCAAGUUCCACAAUUUCAGCCAAGAGAGCAUCACUUAGCGGACUGCAUGCCAAAAGUGAAAAGGACAGAGCAAAACACAUAAUUGGUGAUAGAGUCAGCUCAAUGUCUAAAGCAUCUGUUAUUGGAGGUGGUUCACGGGUUACAGAGCCUAAGCGCACAAUAUUAUCCAAAUUAACUUCUGGUCAGUCAGCAUCAACCAAGGCAAAAUCAGUAUCUUCGACAUCUUUUGGUAGCAAUUUAUCUGAUAAUAUUGGUAAAUCUCCAAUUAAUUCUGCAAGAAGAAAAGUUAUUGCGGGAAAUUCAAAGCCUCCCUCAUCUCGCCCUCCGGUCAAAACACCGUCAGCUAGCUCCUGGUCUUCAGAGACAUCCAUAUCAGCUUCUAUGACUAAGUACAUGUGCGAUAGUUCAAGGUCCAGCAUUGAUAGUUGUUGCAGCAGAAAGGUUUUCUCAGAAACUAACGCAGAUCAAAGUAUAAAUUCUCAGAUUCCUCAGAGCGAUUUGAGCUUAGAAGGGCAGGCAGCUCAGCACUCUGGAAUUAUCACUCCAAGUAUAAGGACUGCUUCUGUGGCAGCAGUUAUUCCCUCAGCUCUUGCAAAACCUUCAGGCCUGCGCCUGCCCUCGCCAAAGAUUGGUUUCUUCGAUGGGGUGAAAUCCUCAGUGCGCACUCCACGUGGGGGAGCGCAACCACAAUCUGCUGUGCUUCAUGGCUUGCUAAAACAUGGAGCAAGAAGUCCAAGUGAAGGGCAAAACAAAGCUAUCACACCAAUUGGAAGCAAAAUAAUUGAUAAUCAGAAAAGUCCUCAUCCAAGUCAUUUUGAUGAAUCAUUAGAUGUUGCAAUUAAGGAAAGUAGUGCAGUGCAAAAUAUCAGAAGCUCUACUGAAAUGCUCAAGGGUGCUUUUAAAAAUGUUGAAUAUACAUCACUUUUGCAGGAAAUGCAGAGCAGCACUAAUCAUGAUUUGCGUCAACUCACUCGUGUCAAUCACCAGGAAAAUGUUAAUCAUGAUAAUCAAAUUGAUUGUUUGAUCAAACAAGUUGGACUCAUGGAUAUAAAUUCCGCGACACAGGAAAAGGUCAAUGGAGAUUCUCUUUCUUUUUGUGAGACUGAUGUCAGCUUUCAAGAUAAAUCCUAUGGUAUGGAGUUAUCAAAGCACGGGGAGUUUUUUAAUCAUCCUAAAAACCAGGAAUUAUCGAAGGGUUUGUCUACUCCAGGUCUAUGUGUUGCUCCAACCAGCAUUGAUAUUGCAACUUCAGCAAGAAGACCCUUUGCAGCAAAAGAUUCAUUUUUCAACAUGGAUUGCCCUGUUUUCACCGAACCAUCAAUUUCAGAGGUAAAACUGACUAAGAUACUUGUGCCUGAAAGCCGCAUUACGAAAGAUAGCAUCUGA